UUUACUUAGUUUGCUUUGUGUAGUUCGUUUUUAGUACUACUAGUGUAAUAACUAUGGAUUUUGGCACUAUUGCGUGGAUAGUGUUUGGUGUCUUCUUAGUUUUAAUAAUAAUAGGAACAUGUAUAUCACGGAGCAUGAAAAAGAGGAGACCGAUUUAUCAAGCACCCGUUUACGUCACUUCAGCUACACACACAACACCUGGUAGUUGCUCAAAUGAAAUGCAAACAGUUUCGGUCUACCCCGCUUCAAAUUUCAGUAAUCAACAGAUUAUACAUGGACAACAAGCUUCAGUUUCUGUUAUCGGCAGAAUUAAUUCUCAGGUGGUUGCAAGUAAUCCAUUAAAUGCACAACCCAAUUAUAGCAUGAAUCCACCAUCAUAUGAGAAUACAGUUGGAGCAAAUCAAGCUUCCUACCAACAACAACCACCAUACAAUCCUAGUUACAUGUAAAAUAAAGAAUCACCAA